AUUCUCUCGUGUUUCAGGUUCGACUCGAAUCACAUGUACCAGAUUUUGCAACAAAUCCACACUUUUGACAAUGAGCGACUACAAAAACACGCCCUGAGUUUGACCUGAGUGCACACUGUUCUGGUGAUCACUUUCUUUCCCCCCUUGUUCGCAACGAAGUCCGGCGAUAAUCGCACGCUUACUCGCCUAUGUCGCGUUGAAUCGGUUCCCUUCGUGAAGAUCGCAGGCUAAGCAAAAGUGACACCCCCGUUCUUAGUCGCUGCCGCAUUCUCUCUACCAUUCUCCUUAUAUCGAGGAUGUUUCUAGAAGCCAACAUACCUAUCGUAGGCUCCAAAUCGCUCACAGAUCAGCGCGAUUGGGCGGGAACGGCGGUGGCUCUAGGAUACCAUGGCGUCGCGUUCAACGUCUUUAAGGGGCCGAGCGAGAAGGUCGAGCCGCGCGAGCGGUGCGGCGUGAAGGCGAUUCCGAUGGACAUGCUGCAGGCGACUCGAGAGCGAGUGCGGCUCGCGCUGAAAGGAACACAGCCCCUUACAGCCCAAGACCCAGUCUUCACCCAGCUCAUCCGAGUCACUGCAGCAGUGGAGGAGGGGGGACCCGACGUGAUCGCUGAGCGCCUGCCCACGGUAGUGGGGAUCGGCUAUGACCUGGCGGCCGUGCAACCAAUGACCAGCGACAGCUUCCUGUCCGCCUGUUUCAACAGCAAGGCGGACAUCAUAUCUCUAGACGUGUCCCACUAUGUGCCAAGCCGACCCUCCCCUGCCGCCAUCAAAGCAGUGAUGCAGGCUGGUCGCGUGUUUGAGUUUUCCUACGGCCCUGUCCUCUCAGACCGCUCCCUAUUAGCACCCUUGCUACAGGGAAUCAAGGAGGUCUCAGAGGUGACACGUGGCAAGUGCCUGAUUCUAUCCUGUGGUGCCACAGCAGCACGGCAGCUGAAGAGGCCUGCUGACGUGGCAGCCUUGCUGUCACUGGCGGGUCUGACACGUCAUCAGAUCCGCGUUAUCCUGACCGUCACUCCCAAGAAGCUUCUGGCUCGUGCAGAGUCACGGCGGCAGCAGAACCAGCAGCAGCGGCCGUGCGUGGUGAUCCACCCAUCCAUGUCAUCAGCAGCAUCACAAGCAGCAAUACCUCAAUCUCCCCCAGACACUGCCCUCCUCUCUUCGCUCUUCUCCUCCCUCACCUUCCUCCGCCCUCCUGGAUACUCCUCCCUCUCUGCUCCUGCCGCCGCUGCAGCUGUAGCUGCCGCUGCAGCUGCCGCAACUAGCGCUUCUGCACCGCAACUAGCUCGUGGGGCAGGCGAUGCGGUUACCACUGAUGAUACUGCGCCUGAUUCUAUGUCUGCUCUGUCUGCUGCUGUAGCUGCUUCAGCUUCUACUGCUGCUGCUGCUGCUGUUGCUGGGACAGAGCAAGGGGAGGAGGGGGGAGGGGAGGGAUGGACGGCGGUGGUGCGAAAGGGGAAGGGAGGAGGGCGAGCAGGAGUGCGGGUUAAGUGUGAUUUGAGAAAGUCGUCGGAAGGAGGUGGGGUUGGACGUGGCAGGGGAGGGGGGGGAAUUAUUGGUGCAACAGUCGGCAUGAAUGCUAGUCCCUGUGCACAAGUGGGUGGGACCAGUAACGGUGGUGGUGGGAUUGGUGUUUCUGGGUGGGGAGCUGUAUGGGAGGGAGAUGGUGCUAAGCUGAAGGAGCAGCAGCAGGAAGAGGAAAGGCAGCAGGCUUUGAAGAUGGGGAAGGGCAACAGAAAGCAGAAACACUAAGUGGGGGGGAAGCAAGAGAUAGGAAGUGUGAAGCUGAUGAACUUGCAGCAAGAAAGUACGGUGCGUGCGAACAAGUCACACGGAAAACGCAAACGAGGCUAAAUGCUACCGGAGCAUGGCAGUUUUGAAGUUGAGGAUGUGAAAAGUUCCAAGUGUGUUGUGUUUUUUCAAGGAUUUUGAUAAACUGUUGUAGGCCUUCCUUUUCUAGCCCAGAGCGAAGUGUACCGUAAUCCCCCUGAUAUAACACCCCGGGUAUAGUAAAAAAUUCAUGCAAAAUCAGGGGGUUGGGUGCUCUAUUUUGCGUUUAGGCUAUAGCACCCUGGUGUUAUAUUUGAGGACAGAAUUUUUAAGA